AUGAGUGACGUACCGAGGGAUCCUAAAAAUCGAGCACCUCCAUCCCUAGCAUCUGAUACUCUCACGGCAAAGGCCGCAAAAAGUACAAUAGGAAAUGCUAUUCUUGUUCAUAAAAGACAGAAAGGAAACCCGAUUCUCGACCACGUCAAGGGUAUCCCCUGGGAGUACAACAACGAUAUAAUCGUGGACUAUCAGGUUGGCUCUACCACAGGAGUAUUAUAUCUAAGUUUGAAGUAUCAUCAUUUGCACCCUCAGUAUAUCUUUAGUAGAUUCGAAAAGCUCGGGAAGAACUACGACAAUCGAAUCCUUCUAAUCUUGUGCGAUGUGUCCGAACACCAGAGCUCGAUUAAAGAGCUUACCAAGGCGUGUUUACUCAAUGGAAUUACUGUUAUGGUUGCUUGGUCAGCGGAGGAGGUUGGACAAUACCUCGCCACAUACAAAUUAUACGAGUUUAAGUCUCAUCAAAUUAUCAAGGAGAGAGUAGACAAUGACUAUCAAUCGGUGUUACGUGCAGCACUCACAACUGUCCGAGGUGUAAACAAAACCGACGUAAUGACCCUGAAGACGAACUUUGGGUCUUUCUCGAACAUAGCACAUGCAGCGACUGAAGACAUGCAACUCUGCCCUGGAUUCGGUCCCACUAAAGUCCGCCGAUUGUAUGAGGCGUUCAACAGGCCAUUUUAUUCAAGUGGUCAAAAGUCCGUUACUUUGCCUCUUGAUAGCGCUACAGAUGGGAAUCUCUCAAGCGAUCCUAUCCCCAUUUCAUCACAAGCGCGAGAUAUCGAAGGAUCGAAAGGGAGUGAUCCUCCCCGGUUUAACAUUUCGACGCGGCCGGAUCGAUCUCGGAUACCGAGUCCCGAGUGGGACAUAAUGCAUAUCUCUACUCAGCGCCCAGAUAUAAACCUUGAGCUGUCUCUAGAGUUAAACCCGAGUGAUGAUGAUACGCUGUCUGGCAACUCAAAUGCGCAAAGUACUCUCGAAAAACAAGUUAUUCAAGAUCCUAUCAACCAAUCCCGGCCCAACUUUAAAAAACACAGGCCAGAUUCCUGA